AUGGACGUAUGCGAAGAAAGUGAUGGAAGUACUCAAUCAGACUUAUCCGAUGAAAUAAUUGAUGAGGAGGAGACCGAUAGUUCAGAAGAAGAAAGCAUAAUGAUGCAGGAAAUUUAUCGAGAACGAGCACGUCCGGAUUCAGUAUUUUCUACACUGACCGCAGCGAAUAAUCGAUUAUCAAACUAUGCAGCUCAAUAUUAUAAUCCUGUUCAUCUGACAAUCUAUCCACCAAUGAAUGGAUUAAAUGUCAGUCCGGUUUUUUACACCAAUCCACCACCGCCCGAACAUGUCAUCGAUGAUCAUAACGUAGCAAAUUAUGAAGAAGUUUCAACAAAUUCUUAUUCUUAUCCUGCGCCGCCUACCACAAUUUCAUUAUAUUCCGAAAUACAACGUGCAAGAGCACCAACUUCUGAUGGCCCUGAACAUCCGCCAUCAUCAAUUCUACCGUUAUCCACUUAUUCGAGUAAUGAAUACGUACCUCCGCCGUUUAGAGCACCAGUACUACCGGUUCCAUCUUCCAAUGCUACCAACAAUAAUCCACCUGUAUCAGUCAAUAAUCCACCUGAAUCAAUCAAUAAUCCGCAUGAACCAAUCGAUGAUCCAUCUACACCAGUUCAAAUGGAUUCAUCUGAACCAAUUACGCCAUCACAGCAAACAACUACUCUGAUGGAAGCAGCUUCACAAGGUUNAUGGAAGCAGCUUCACAAGCAAGUUAAAAAGAGAGGUCGUAAACGCUUAAAUGAUAAUGCUAAUGGCGCAGGUGAUGCAAAUAUUACAUCGAAUGAUUCGACCCCGAAAAAACGUGGAAGGAAACCUAAGGAUAACAAUGAUUGCAUUGAUGGAAAAGCAACCGAUGCUUCGUCACGUGAAAUCCCUUGUCAAUCGAUCAAUGAUACAAACAUGGAAAAUAUCACAGCAAAUGCCAACGAAGCUCAAAAAGUAAAAAAUGUCGAUGAGAUGGAGGAAAAGACCAAGAAAAAGGGUUCGCGCAAGAAAACUGACAUAAAAUCUGAUGGAACAGCGGAAGAUACGAAAAAGCAAAAUUCAGUAACCGGAAAGACAUCAGCUACAAAGAAGCAAUGCAUGGAAGAAUUAUUGAACAGUCAAAAAAAUCGUAUGGCAUUUCCGAAAGGUACCUUCCUGAUCCGAUAUUGCGAUUUGGAAACACUGGACUGCGAUCAAAUUUGGUGUGUAGACAACCAUCACAUGCUACUCAAAUAUCGCCUCACUUCACAUAUCGAAGGGAAACGUCGCCUGUAUUUGAAAUCUCAACCUGAACGAUUCGUUGGCUGGAAAUGUGAAGAACCAUGGCAUUUUUAUGAAUUAACGGUUCUUGAACGUGACCGCGACAAUAGCAAAGUCCUAAUAUUAUAUCCGGAUGCUAAAGAAUUGGCGGAAUCCCGUGAAAAAGCAAAACGGCAAAAACAACUUGCGGAAGAAAUGAAACAAGGCUUGAGUGGAUUGGGCACUUCUCAUAGUUCUGAUGGUAUUAAACAAAGUUUUGGUGAAAUAGAGGAAAAUCCGGCAGUACAAAAGGAUGAUACUUUCAUGGACACUGAAGAUGAGCACAUGGAUGAGCAGCGAAAUAUCGAAGUUCAGAUGGCCGAUGAAGCAGCAAAUGCAAUCGAACGUUUCAUUACGAUUCGGGAUCCUCACUUUGCUGAAAUGGAUGGACAGCCUGUAGUAGAAUCGGUUUUUGUCGAUCGUUAUACCGAAGAAGGAAUGAUCAUCGGGGAAGAUGAUAAUGAAUAA